AUCAAGGUUCGGCACAACAAUACCAGUCAUGACACGCUGGCCACAUGGCGGAAUUUUAAAAGUUUCAAAAGAAAAGGAGAACAAGCUUAACUGCAUGCCGUAGAGUUGAUGUCGUCCCGUAACUCGACUCAAGAGUACUAUGAAAGGACUCUCAAGGAAGCGCAACGAUACUACAAAGCAAUUUCCUCUGCUUCAGAUUGGGCAGAAAUAAAGCAACGGCCUGCCAAAAUAGCAGCGGAUCGCAUUCCACAACUGCAUGUAUUCAAGCGACGAGAAUUGAAUAAAACUAUAGAAACAUUUAGAGCAACUCGUAUCGUUGAUUGCGAAGAUACUCAAGCUGCUUUGGAUAGCUGGCAAGGUAUACUCGAUAACUCGGAAUGCAGAAUACUUUGGGAUUCCACGGUGGAAGACUGUACCGUGCUAGAGCUAGCAAAAAAUAACGCAAGAAUAUCCAAAAUACUACUGAAGAACAAAUGGAGCUCAAAGUAAGUACUCAAUCGCCGAAUGUAUUACCGUGCCAUGGUUCUGGUAUUAAUUACGGUACAGUCCUAGAGAUCUCAUUCUGAUAGAGGGCGGCCAGCGAUUUGAUCAAUCUUUCCUUUACAUUGCGUCAUCCCUACCACCAUCGAAGGAUCAACCUAAAACAUUCAGACCGG